AUGCGUCCAAUCUCCAGAGCCGUUCUUCGGCCCUACGUCUGCCCAACCUGCCGACAUGGCAUUGGUGCUGGCCAACGUCGAUUUGCUUCUAAAUCCGAUCCCCUCGACAUCUACGAUGUGGUCUGCGUUGGAGGCGGGCCCGCGGGCCUAGGAUUAUUGGCCGCACUCCGAUCCUCGCCUAUCACCUCCAAGCUCAAAGUCGCCCUCAUCGAGAGCCAGGACCUCAACAAAGCCAAAGCAUGGAACCUCGAACCAACGCAAUUCUCCAACAGAGUCAGCAGCUUGACGCCCUCGACCGUGUCCUUCCUGCGCGAAAUUGGCGCCUACGACCACCUCGACACUAGCCGCGUGCAAGACUACCAGGACAUGCAAGUCUGGGACGGCCAAACCGGCUCCCGAAUAACAUUCGACUGGUCAAUGGAGACAUCCCCAUUCGAAAACCCGCGCACAGUAGCAACAAUGACCGAGAACGCAAACCUAGUGCGCGCCCUGCUCCGCCGAAUCGCCGACUCAGGCGACGAGAACCUCUCCCUUUUCUCCAAUUCCACAGUCGCCUCCAUCGAAAACGGCUCAGACCUCGCGCCCCAGGGCCCCAACCUCUCAGCCUGGCCCAUCCUCACCGUCAAGCCAACAACCCCGACUGAAACAACAGCAGCACCCAAGCGCAUUGCCGCCCGCCUCCUCGUCGGCGCAGACGGAAUAAACAGCCCCGUCCGCUCCUUCGCAGACAUCCCAACCCAGGGCUGGGACUACGGCCGCCACGGCAUCGUCGCAACACUCGCCCUAGCAGAGCCAGCCUCUCCGCCCUUCCCGGCAACAAAGCGAACAGCAUACCAGCGAUUCCUGCCCGCUCUAGGCGGUCCAAUCGCUCUCCUCCCACUACCAAAUAAUCACGCAACACUAGUCUGGUCAACAACCCCGGAAAACGCAGCUUACCUAAAGUCCCUCCCGACACCGGCCUUCCUCGCCAUGGUCAACGCUGCAUUCCGUCUAGACAUGACCGACCUCUCCUACAUGCUGGGCCUGCCUUCUUCUUCGGACUCAACGUCCACCUCACCAUCCCACCAAGACGAACUCGCCUGGCGCGCCCAGCACACAUCCAUCCCCCCGCAAAUCCCACCACCAGCAACAGCCGUCCAAACAGGAACAGUAGCCUCCUUCCCGCUCCGCUUCCGCCACGCUGCGCAGUACGUCUCACCGCGCAUCGCCCUAGUCGGCGACGCCGCGCACGUCAUUCACCCACUCGCCGGGCAGGGUUUGAAUCUCGGUCUUGCGGAUGUUGCGUCGCUGUCGAAGACCAUCCAGUAUGCUGUCUCGCAUGGCAUGGAUGUUGGGGAUUUGUUGACGCUGGAGCGCUACUCGUGUGAGCGGUACUUGCCCAAUGCUAAGAUUGGGGGUGCUUGUGAUCUGCUGCAUAAGAUGUAUAAUGUUCCAGGUGAAGGGCCGAUCACUUGGGCGAGGAGUCUGGGGCUUGGGGUUGUUGAUUCUUUGCCGUUUGUUAAGGGGUUCCUGAUGAAGAAUGCUGAGGGGUAUUAG